GCGGAUAGUGCGGGAUUUACGGUAGGCCCUUAAAAAAAGAGGAAAUUUCUGAAAGCACUAGCUCUAUUAUACACACGCACACACUCACCCACACGUACACACACGCAGUGCUACGCUGCACGCAGAGGAGGUGGUUGCUGGUGGGCUGUUAGGAGGGUCGCGGUGGUGUAAUCUGUUAGAAGCUCCGCACAGUCCCGCACCUCCCCCGUGCUGCGGGGCUGCAGGCGGGCGGUAGGCGAGUUGCAGUUUCGCAACAGGAGCGCUGCCUACAGCCCCGCGUUUACCGCGAGCGGACCGCGCCGUGCGCACGAAGAGCCCUCGCCCGGACCUGAUUCGCCUGCACGGGGGCAGUUUAAUAAGGAGCUAGUUCACAGCGGACUCGGCCUUCUUUUUGUAGCCGUGGGGCUUCGGAGGGGGGCGGGUCGGAUACAAUGACCAUGUCGGUCCCGGAGCGGAUCUCGGGGUCUGGGGGAAAGGAGGAGGAGAGCGAGGACGAGAGCGAGAUCCUGGAGGAGAGCCCGUGCGGACGCUGGCAGAAGCGGAAGGAGCAGGUGAGUCAGGGCAAUGUUCCCGGCAUUGAGAGCGCAUCCCUGGCCAUGGACACAGAGGAGGGAGUGGAGGUGGUGUGGAAUGAGGUUCAGUUCUCUGAUAAGAAGGUCUUCAAGGCCCACGAGGACAGGAUCAAGGAAAUGUUUGAGAACCUGAUGCAGGUGGAGCAUCCCAACAUCGUCAAAUUCCACAAAUACUGGCUGGACACAAGGGAGAACCGGGCCAGGGUCAUCUUCAUCACAGAGUACAUGUCCUCUGGAAGUCUGAAACAGUUUCUGAAGAAAACCAAGAAAAACCACAAGACCAUGAACGUGAAGGCAUGGAAGCGCUGGUGCACACAGAUCUUGUCGGCCCUCAGCUACCUGCACUCCUGUGAUCCACCCAUCGUUCACGGCAAUCUGACCUGUGACACCAUCUUUAUCCAGCACAACGGCCUGAUAAAGAUCGGAUCAGUUUGGCACAGAUUGUUUGUGAAUGUUUUCCCAGAGGCCAUCCACGGGAAUGUGCACCAGCACCGGGACGAGCUGCGCAAUCAGCACUUCUUUGCUCCAGAGUAUGGCUUUGCAGAGGAUGAUUACUCUAUUGAUAUUUACUCGUUUGGGAUCUGUGCUUUGGAGAUGGCAGUGUUGGAGAUCCAGGCCAAUGGAGACACUGCGGUUUCCAAAGAGGCCAUUACACAUGCUGGACAGUCCCUGGAGGAUCCGCUUAUGAGGGAGUUUACACAGUCGUGUGUGCGCACCGAGGCCAAGCUGAGGCCUACAGCUCAUGACCUGCUGUUUCAUAGAGUGCUGUUUGAAGUCCAUUCCUUAAAACUGCUGGCAGCACACUGCUUCAUCAGCAACCAGUAUUUCCUCCCUGAGAACUGUGUGGAGGAAAAGACCAAGUCUAUUGACCCAAAUGGCAUCAUGGCAGAGAUUAAUCAUAGUGACAGGCCUGGAAUCCAGAUAAAGUACUCGCAUGUCUCUCCGCUGGAGUUAGACAAGUUCCUCGAGGAUGUUAAGAACGGAAUCUACCCCCUAAUGAACUUCGCCUCUCAGAGGCCACAUCCUAUUCCCCGGUCGCUGUCCCUUUCCCAGGAGCACAUGGAGACGGUGAAGACUCCAACCCCAGAGCCACAGGAGACUGAGACUAGGAAGGUGGUCCAGAUGCACUGUAAUUUGGAAGCUAAUGAGGAGGGAACCAGAAGUCACCUAUCUCUCUUUCUGAAGAUGGAUGACAAGCUUCACCGGCAGCUCAGCUGUGAUGUUCUGCCCACUGACCGUCCCAAAGAUUUGGCCUGUGAGCUGGUGCACCAUGCAUUCAUUAGCGAGGAAGACUGUGAGAAGCUGGCAUGUUUUUUGGAGGAUGCUCUGGGAAAGCACUGGGCUGGAGCUUCUGCUUCCUCUGCCGCCAUGGUGAUUUUGCACUGAGCCCCAUCAGAACUCCACUGUGAAGCAGAAGAGAUGGCCGGAACCGGCCCAACUGCGAAAGAGCACAAAACCUGGAGAGAAGAGGCGGAGCUGAAGAGCGACUGAAAGCAACACAGCAGGGAAGUGGAGAAACAUGUCUGUGAGGAAGGCGGUUUUAGUUAGAAAGAUCCAUUCAAACACCACAGAACCAAGGGACCAAUGGCCUAAUAUCAUCUGAGUGGGAGAUCCCCACAAGGCAGCAGGCUUGUGGUUAAAUGGCCAAUGGAGAGCCGUCCAUAUCUUCUUUGUGUGAUUUUUAAUUUUUUUUGGGUGUCCUUUAUGCUGUCCUUUGGGAACACCUGUACUCCAUCCGAGAAGCUUCUGGCAAGGAAAAUGUGGCACUGGAAAAACAAAAAAAAAGGAACAAAGAAAAAAUGGAAACAGGAGGCUAGUGGUCCAAAAUGUGUAGUUGCUUCUCAUGAGAGUGGCAGCCCACAUGUUUUAAAUUGUCCAACAUUCUCAUUGUAUUUUAAGUGAACCUGCAGUAGAUAUAUAUUUAUUGUUUUUAGUCGAACUGUUUAAUGGAUUCUGCUGAGAGAAGUCUUUCAACAUGCUUAAUAUGUCUACAUACAACAUGUUUUUAAGUUGGAAAUAACUCUUUUGUUAGAAGAGUUGAUGAUGAGCUGAUGAAUGUGUAGGACUGUAGCAGAUUCCUGCUGACACUAGUUUAUAUUAUCUUUCCCUGAGGCUAGAGAUAUACUUGCAGUUAACUACAUAACCGCGUAUGCAUUAUGGCUGCUUUGUGUUUUCUAUAUUCAUUUGGAAUUUAGGUUGUGCAUGUCAUUUAGAAAAGAAACUUGUAAAAAGUUUUGAGGAGCAACUGUGUAAUUUGUCCUCGCUGCUGCACAACUUCAAAAAUGCUGAUCAGAACAGCUCGUAAGACUAGAAGUUGUUUUAGAAGUUGAUGUUUUAACAUGAAUAUUAAAAUGGAAACAAAUCUGGAACACUUUCUGCACAAUUCAGCAAAUCCCAGAGGAACGGAGCAGGGACCAAGUUGACGAGUGUUUUAACUAGUAGUCAUCAGGCCCCUGAGCUGCCCUCACGUCGUAUCUUCUUAUAUGUGUAGCACACAGGCCAAAAUGUGAACGUAUGCAUUUACAAUGCAGCCGGUCAUCUAUGUGAAGACAUUGUCAAACAUCAAGUAUAUAUCUAGCUUUGGAACUGAAACCACUUGCCAUUCAUUUAGACUGGUUCUUACAAAGCAAUAAGUGCCUGAGUGAGAAAUGAAUGUGUCAAACAUGCUCUGUAUGGUGUCCUCCUGUGUCACUGCCAUUACUCCACAUCAAUGACUUUAUAAACAUGGAUGCUGUGGUUCUGCUUCAAGCCAUUCUAUAAAAAUGAAGUAAAAAAUGUCUGCUAUGUUAUCAAUUUUGCAACCAGAAUCUGAGCAGUAGGUGGAGCCAGAUUGGCUUUUGAGUUUACAACGCAGACUUAAGGACUUAAGGAAAACUGAUUUUUAGGGGAGGAAAUGUAGCAAAAUUUAGCAUUGUGAAUACUAACUGUUGGAGUUGGACACUGGAGAUGGAAAUACAGUUUAGAGGAGAAAAGUGAAAUGGAAAACGGGCAGGACUGUUUUGCUUUGAAACAUAUGAGAAUGGGUGGAGCUACACAUUACACUGCAAUCAGUCAGCAGGGGCACUAGACCUGUGGUGACUUCAGUUUUGAGAGACAUUGCGCUGUACAUGCUUAUACAGUCAUCAAUGCAAUUGCUUAUAUACAGACUUGUGGCUUCUUAAGUUCGCAUACAUUUGUAUAGCGUGACAAUAAUAGUUACUCCUCAGACUUGGUGUGUGUGUGUGUGUAUAUAAGAGAGAUGCUCUUAGUGCUGUCAGAGCAUUAAGAGCACAUUAAGUGCAGCUGCAGCACACUACCAAACAUCACCUUAGUAGCACCUAUUGAGACACAUGCUGUCCUCCCAGUCCACACUGCACCCAGAUUACUGACGCUGUAUCUCUGUCCUAAACACUCCCUCUCCAAUAAUCACAGCGAAGCACACACAGACAUUUACACUGUCAGUGAGCACACAUUACAGGUAUUUAAUCAUAAUAGACAAAAAAUCAGAGCUCAGCUAAUCACACAUUGUCAGUACACCUGCACUGUAACACAUUCUAACACAGUUAAAUGAUUUUUAUUAAGGCCUUAACUAAAGUCUGAGCAACAAUACAUCUUUACAAUACAACAAUACAAACCAAAGAAGCAAGAAAACAUUUGGAGAACUGUGCUACCAUUUCUGUUUAGAGAAGCAUGAACAAAUGUAACAUCAGAGGUCCGAGGUCGCAUGACACCCAUUUAUAUCAGAAACUAAAUAAGGCAGCUUUCAAGAGGGCAGGCACCUGAACGCUUCCUCACCCAUCACUUGCUGGGGUGUUCAGAUAUGUAAUAUGUAACACCUGGCUAUGAAGUUUAAAGCUCUAUGAGGUUACCAAACCAAUUUUGUGCUUCAGUAAAAAGUAGUUAGGAGUAUUCAAAUCAAUAAAAUGAUAAGGGUGCCCAUACUUUUGCACCAGUCAAAUUUUGGUUUAAUGCAUAUUGCACCUUUUCUGUUGGUACAAUAAACCUAAUUGCAAUCCUGAAAUAUUACUGUGUCCAUCAGUUAUUAGAUAUAUCAAACUGAAAUGGCUUUUGCAAACACCCAAAUAUUUACAACUAAAAAUGAUUAAGAUUAAUAGGGGUGCCCAAACUUUUUCAUAUGACUGUAUGUCCAAUCACAGAUUGUGACACAAAUCAUCCCAAACUGGAGGAGUCGCUCAUGUUUUCAAUAAAACAAAUCAGCUCAAGAGAUGAAAAGGUUUAGGAUUGACUCCACAUGCCGUUCAGCUCCUGGUCAGCAAAUCAAUUUCAAUUGCAGCAUUUAUUAGAAGGGUAAAACCAGGGUUUUGUUUAGUGUGUGUCUGGUCUUACAUGAUGUGUGUGAUCUGCUGGGUAAAAAUCUAAUAGGAAUCACUCCUCUGUAGUUUAAAAGGGCUGUACUUACUUUCAGCUUUUACAUUAAAACAGCAGUAUUUUAACUUUUUCAUGUUGCAUAAGAGUGCUGUUUACAUGCUUGUAACAUUGCAACGGAACCGUGUCAAUGCCAAACAAUAUUACUGUCUAUAUUAGAAAAAGCCCAACCCAAUUCCUGAUUCAGUACUUUUACUACACUCUGCAUUAAUACAGUCUUGUGUUUGUAAAUCAGUGUUCAUUAUGUAUUUAUUCCGGUCAUGCUGUCCAUUGUGUUACAAUCUGUUUAAUCCCAGUGCAAUUGGAAUUGUUUUAGCUGGCACACCUAUUCAUUCUACAGCAGUUCAGAUGUAGCUUGUAAGUAUAGUGUGAACAGCCUAAAAAAUAACUGAUUUGGGGAGAAUAUCACACCACUUAUACCUGCUGUAAAAAAUAUUUAUUAAAUCAACCCAAGCAAAAUGAAAAUGAUAUAGUUCUGUUAUUUAACUAAAACAAAAUGAAUAAAUAUAUCUAAAUCCAAAACUGUAUGACUAGUGUAAAGAUGCCCUCAAUAAGCACAUUUAUUUUAGAAGAGCAAAUCCAUAUUCAUCUUCAAUCUAUAGUCCUGUAUAAUAUACGAGCUACAGUAUCAGUCAAACUUUUGACACGUCCUAUCUUGCUCUGUGUUUUUCUUUAUUUUUUAUUUUCUACAUUAAUAUUGAGUAUUGAACAUUUCCUGAGGUAGAACCUGGAAUGACAAUCCGAUGGACAAGUCUGUUCUAACAUGACUGCCCACCAAUACACAAAGCAAGUUUCAUAAAGGGAUAAGUGAUUUUUGUGCGGAAGAACUUGACUGGCCUGCGCAGUGUCCUGACCUCAACCUGAUGGAACAGCUUUGGGACGUCUUUUGUGAUGCCAUCUCGUCAAACAUCAAUGACUGACCUCACUAAUGCAGUUCUGAAAGAAUGGUCAAAUUGUUCGGAAACACACUCCAAAACCUUGUGAAAAGCCUUCCAAAAUGAAUUAAGGUUGUUAUAACUGUAAAGGGUGGGCUGAGAUCAAGAAUGAAAUUACACUUAAGUUCAUAUGCGUGUGAAAACAUAUGAACAAAUACUGAUGACCGUACAGCAUCUUCUUUUAUAGUUUUGAUGUCUUCAAAUAUGUAGAAGAUUACAUUACAUUACAUUACAUUACAUUUGGCAGACGCUUUUGUCCAAAGCGACUUACAAAUGUAGAUAAUAAAAGUAAUGAAAAGAUCUUGAAUGAAAAGGUGUGUUGAAUCUGUUGACUGGUACUGUAUGUUUUUGAUUAAUUACAUUGACAGAAACACGUAGAAUGAGAAAUGUCUGCUAAUGAAGCAGGGUUUUUCAGAGGAAUGCUGGGAAAUAUCCAUCCGCUAGCCAUGUUUUCAAAAUGUAAAGAUAAGUUUGCUAUAGGAAAUCAUAAUCAAAAGUACUUGAUGCUGUGUAACUACAGCAGUUAACCUUUGGCUGUUUAUGACUGCACUACAGCAGUACCUGACUGGGUCUUCCAGGGUCCUUUUACACUUUUACAUUGGUUCUUGAAGACAUCCGUUAUUUGUACAGAUUUGCUCACAUGCCAGUACAUGUAUGAUAUUGCUCCCAUGUGGGAGGUGCUGAAUGAGACCAACAUCGAUCGAAAACAAAGUGGGAGGACACAUGGCCGUCUCUCCGUGGUGAUGUAAUGACCCAUGUCAUAUUUCUGUCUUGGACAUUGUGCAAAACAUAGACUAUAAUCUGCUCAUGGUUUAAACAGUAUAUAAAGAAAUAUUUAUAAAUAUAUUAAAAAGGAAUGUUUGUUCAGUAACUUUUAAAUGCCUGCACCCUGAUUGGCUGGUGUCCUCCUCUGCUUCAGUCAGGUGGUUUCACUGCACAUCUUUCUUUCUUUAAUCCAUACAAUGAUUUAUUUGUAUUUGUGUUGAAAUGCUAACAAUGGAUUAACAUGAAUUACAAUAUUAUACAAAUAAAAAACUGAUGGAAGUAUAUCUGGAAAAA